CCGUGGCAUACGAGGAUGAGCCCCGUCGUGUCAAACCUCCGGUACUGGCUGGUCAACCACCCUACGAUUCUCCACUUCUCGUGGAUUCCAGGUCAAACUCCAGCCUCCACUCCACUCUUCCUCACUCUCUCUCUUCUCUCCUACCUCUCUCUCACCUUCCUCCUCCGCCGCCUCCCGUUCUCCCCCAUCAACCCCGCACUACUCAAACCAAUCACAGCCGUCCACAACCUCAUCCUCUUCCUCCUCUCCCUCAUCAUGGCCGUCGGAUGUACCCUCACCAUUCUCUCCCCCCACACUCCAAACCUCGAUUGGAUCCUCUGCUUCCCACCCAACACCUACCCGAACGGGCCCCACUUUUUCUGGGCCUACGUCUUCUACCUCUCAAAAAUCCUCGAAUUCUUCGACACCCUCUUCAUCAUUCUCAGCGGGUCCAUCCAACGGCUCUCCUUUCUCCACGUGUACCACCACGCGACAGUGCUGGUCAUGUGCUACUUAUGGCUCCACACGUGCCAGUCUCUGUCCCCAGUGGCGCUCCUGACCAACGCGUCAGUGCACGUGCUCAUGUACGGGUACUACUUCUUGUGCGCGGUCGGGAUCCGACCCAAAUGGAAGCGGGUCGUCACGGAUUGCCAGAUCGUGCAGUUUUUGUUCAGCUUCGCGGUGUCGGGUCGGAUGCUGUACUUGCACUUCACCGGGUCGGGUUGCUCCGGGAUUUGGGGCUGGUGCUUCAACGCUGCGUUUAACGGCUCUCUCUUGGCUCUGUUUGUUGACUUUCACGCCAAGAGUUAUGCCAAGAGACAGAAUAUGGCGUCGUUUCAAAAGAAUAAAAGCUCAUGAAUGUUUUGAUCAGUCUUCAUCGAGGGAGGCAGAUUGUAUGCCUUUUUGUUUGGGUAUCGUUUCUAUCUCUUCUUAUUUUAUGCGAUUAUGGUUAAGUCACGUUGAUAUUUUAUACUAAUUUUUUUUUAUAGAGAUAAUAAGAUAAAAAGUAAUAAGAAUAUAAAAUGUUGACAUAGUUUAACCGUGAUCGCACAAAUAAGAGAGGAUGAAAAUGAUAUCCAAACAGGAGGACAGACAAUCUUCCUCUCUUCAUUGAGUGGUGGUUGUGCUUCUUGUCUUUAUGGAUGUCAUUUAUUGAACGGCCACGAUUGGUUGAGUACUUGAAUACAUUUUAGAUUCAUUAUUUCUCCAUUCGAGCAAAUUUUCAGUGUAUUUGAAACACAAUUACGUGCAGUUAUUGGUUGAGUGUAUUCUUAUUAUAUGGAAUGGUACAACUUGUUUUCCAAUUACA